CCUCGGCCAGAUCCGAGCGAUCGUCUCCAAUGCAGAUAUUCUCCGGUCAGCACUCAGCAAUCAAAAAUAAUAAUCAUGGUGCAGAAUUGGGGGGACGAGCUCUGGAGCAGCAGAACGGAAUCUGCGACCAAAAGGGACUAGUGGGGAAUUAACUCGCUGACUAGCGCCCCAGACUAUUUGGACGCCAACCUGCAAAGGGCAAGAGACUCUGCACACGGGCCCCACUGAACCCGAGGGACUGGACGCGAAGUCGCUGAUCUUGCCUCUUUUGUAUAAUGCAGGCCAACCUUGAGUGCCCUUGGCAAGAAUGCGUUUUGUCUGGCCGCUUUGCAAGUCUUCGUAUCCCGUGUGGCAGUUGGCCGCACUGUCACCGAUUGCAUGUGCUUUUCCCCUGCUUUCCAUGCUUUGUGCGCAUAACAAUGUUUGGAACGAUGGGACGCGCAUACACAAUGAGCCCAAUGCAACCCCACGUGUGUUCUCGAUCCUGCCUGAAACCGAGUGCCAUGGAACGUGGCGUUUUGGCCGCUCGACUUGUCUCCUCCCGCCAUCUUGAAUCAGGCUCAGCUCCGACUGAUUAUUACGAGCCACUUCUCCCGAUUGGCCUUUGAGCUUUUCCCCCCGGUCAAUCUCUCCUGGACGCGACCAGGGGUUCAGUCUGCCCUCUGCCGCUCCAGGUCCCCCGUCCACGCCUUCGCAUCCUGGACAUCCGGACAAGGUCCUGCUCUCGUUUCCGCUUCGCUUGCUGCCCGCCAUGGCCUUCGUUUUCUAGCUUUUGCUCCUGUCAACUCUCGUUAAUCUCUAACCUGACCCAAAGUUCCGACUGUGCCGCACGACCAUGCUUCUGCCUCUGGGCCAUCGAACUAUUUGAGACCUGCACGGCCCCGUCUGGCGAUGAUCCUCCACAGGAUCGUCGCUGUUGUACAGAGAUCUUUACCAAAUCUUGCCCCUUCCGUUUCGGGCGCCUGUCACACCUCCAGCCAUCAUGCUGCUGGACAUCAACGUCUCCCUCCUCCCCGUCACGGGCAUCCUGUGCAUGCUCGUCUGCAUCACCGUCAAGCUCUUUGAGACCUCCCCAGUCCCCAAGGACCUGCCAUGGGUGCUGAAGAAAAAGGGCCUGUUCCAGCGGGCUCUGGAGCGCUUCAUCGGGACAAAUCCCAUUUCAUUUAUUCAAGAGGGUUACGAAAAGUACUCCAAAAACCAGCAGCCCUUUGUGAUGCCCAGCGUCAAUGAAGGCGACGAAGUCGUGCUGCCCAAGGAACACUCCAACUACGUCCUCUUCGCCAAGGAGAACGAGUAUAGCUUCAAAGCGCACAUCCUCGAAUUCUUCCAGCUCAAGUACACCAGCUGGCCGCUUGCCUUUGCCGAAAAGUACGACUUCUUCGUCAAGCUUGUCAGCAAGGACCUGACCGAGACGCUCAAAUCCGAUGCCGUCGCCGCUUCCCUCGCCGAUGAGGCGCGCUCGUGCCUGUCUGACAUGUGGGGGGAAGACACGGAGAACUGGGUCGAGGUGUCGCUGUACUCGUUUAUGGAGAAGACGGCGGCCCGCAUGAUCAAUGUGCUUGCCAUUGGGCCUGGACAUAGUGGUGAUAAGAGCCUGCUCAACGCCAUGACCAACUGCUCCAACGCGAUUGUCCUUGGUGCCAACGUCAUCAAGGCUUUCCCUGCCUUUCUCUCAUUCAUCGUCGGUCCCAUCGUCGGCCUCGUAAACCGGUGGCAAGAACGAGUGUUCCACCUCCGCAUGAAGCCUCUCAUCGAGGCCAGAAUCAUGGAGCAAAAGGAAGCCAAGGACCAAGAAGCCCUCCAAGAGAAGCUCCGAACGAAUGGGAGCCUCCUCGACAUGCUCAUCAGCGCGGGCCUACGCAGCAAAUGGUCCGUCGAGACCGAGACAAUGUGGCUGGCCUACCGCAUCUUCAUGAUCAACUUCCCCGGCGUGCACACGAGUGGCAUCUCCGCGACAAGCGCCCUCCUCGACAUCCUCAGCUACCGCGACUCGGACGAACUGCUGGGCAUGCUCCAGGCCGAAAUCGACCGCAUCUCCGCGACUUCUUCCGGCGCCUGGACUGCCGCCGAGGUCGAAGAAGCCUCUCUCCUCGACAGCGCAAUCAAGGAAUCCCUCCGCUUCAACGGCAUAAACGCCCUCUCCCCAACCCGCACAGUCGUCGCGCCCCAGGGUGCCACCCUCCCCAACGGGUUAUACCUCCCCUUCGGAACCAAGAUUGGAAUCCCGCAAUACGCUCUCCACCGCGAUAGCGACCUCUACCCGAACCCCGACGAAUACAACCCCUACCGGUUCUACUUGCCAGACUCGACGCUGGCCGAGAAACGGGCCAACGCCAUGACGGUCACGAGCGACUCGUAUGUUGUCUUUGGACACGGCCGUCGACAGUGUCCUGGCCGCUGGAUCUUUGCGCAUACGUUCAAGGUGCUCAUCGCGGAGAUGUUGCUGAAGUAUGAAAUAAAGCCGUUUGAGACACGGCCUAAAAUUCACAGAUGGGGACGCUUCCAACUACCGCCCCUCACUACAAAACUCGUCGUCCGACGCAGAAAGCAACCCACCACCGUCGCUACUCCUGUCGCCGUCACUGCCUCCGCCUAACUUUCUUGUAAUAUAUCUCUUGUUAUACCCUCUUGCCUGUCGGCACUACAUUAUCUGUCUAUAUUUUAUUUGUCAUUUCCUGUCCUGUUCGGUUUGUCCUGUAUCUAUGUUACAUAGCGAGUACCCCCCGGUCCCGGCUUCAAUAGAAUCUUUCCUAUCUCUCGUC